AUGCGGAAGAUGGAGCGGGCGCUGCCGCCGGCGAUGCUGCGGGAGAAGCUGCCCAGGUUCCUCCAGAAGUGCGCCCCGGAGUUCCAGGACGACGCCCGCUACCGCGACGACCCGCGGUACCUACGCGUCUGGAUCCAGCUGAUGGACUACGUGACGGAUGCAAAGCCAUUGCUAAAGAAGAUGGAGAGGAAUGGGAUAGGCCUCAAAAGAGCUUCAUUCUAUAUGGCUUAUGCACUAUAUUAUGAGAAGCAUAAGAGGUUCAAUGAUGCAGAGAAGAUGUACCGUUUGGGAAUCCAGAAGUAA